AUGGAAGGGAAGCUGGAUGAGUUGCUUCAAUCUCAAGCUCAUGUUUGGAACCAUGUUUUGAAAUUUAUGAACUCCAUGGCUCUUAAAUGUGCUGUUGAAUUGGGCAUACCGGAUGUUAUCCAUAGCCACGCCCAACCCAUGACCCUCUCCGAUUUAGUGGCGGCGCUCCGUAUUCAACCUUCAAAGGCUCAAUACCUUGGCCGCCUCAUGCGCCUCCUCGUCCAUUCUGGCUUCUUUGAUGCCAGCGAGGAAGAAGACGUGAAAUACAGACUCACUCCAUCCUCUCGCCUUCUCCUCCGCCACACCCACACCACUUUCCAAAUCACACCCUUCUUGUUUCUUAGUUUGGAUAAAACUGCUUAA